GUCCCCUCCAUCCCAUCCCCAUCCCAAGGCUGCUUCCUGGAUGACAACGGCGUGGAGCUCCCCAUCGGACAGAUCUGGUCUCCGGGCGAUCCCUGCUGAUGGCUCAGUGAGCUGCAAGAGGACAGACUGUGUGGAGACGUGUCCCUUUCCCAUCCGCAUCCCUGGGCAGUGCUGCCCCGACUGCUCCGCAGGCUGCACCUACAUGGGCAGGAUCUUCUACAACAACGAGACCUUCCCCUCGCUCCUGGACCCCUGCCUCAGCUGCAUCUGCCUGCUGGGCUCCGUGGCCUGCUCCCCCAUGGACUGUGCCAUCUUCUGCACGUACCCCUUCCACCCCGAGGGCGAGUGCUGCCCCGUCUGUACCGACUGCAACUACCAAGGCCGGAAGGUGGGGAAUGGCCAAAGCUUCACCCCCGAGGGGCAGCCCUGCACCCGCUGCACCUGCCAGCUCGGGGAGGUGAGCUGUGAGCAGAGGCUGUGCCCCAGGUCCUGCGCGGAGCUCCCUGCGCCCUGCCAGGCUCCAGGGCUGCUAUAG